GCCGGCUCUCUCUCAGUGGGUCCGUGCCCGUCCUGCAGUGCGUUCCGUUGUCGUCGGUGCCGGUUACAGUUGCUGCUGGCUGGCCGCUUAUGAGGUCCUUUUGCAUUUAACACGACCCUCAUCGCACUCAGACUGAUAAGAAAGCAACGCCAAAUCCGUGCUCUUCUAAAUCGAAACAAACUGUUUUUAUUGGUGCGCCAGUGAGAGUGAGACCGACAGUGCAGUGGACAGCGGCCGGCUACCAUGGGGGAGGAGCAUGGCCGCUCUGAUUCGUAUCGUGUAGCAACCGUACCCAGCAGUUACGAUGAUCACAAAACGGCCGAUGGCCAACCGAAGGCACGGAGAAAAGUAACGAAGAAACAAAGGAAAGCGGGAGAUUUAGACGACCUAAAACAAGAAUUAGAUAUCGAUUAUCAUAAGAUCACACCAGAAGAGCUUUAUCAGAGAUUUCAAACUCACCCAGAAAAUGGUCUCAGUCACGCAAAAGCGAAGGAGAACCUGGAAAGGGACGGGCCCAAUGCACUCACCCCACCAAAGACGACGCCGGAAUGGGUGAAGUUCUGCAAGAACCUCUUCGGGGGUUUCGCCUUGUUGCUGUGGAUCGGCGCCAUCCUCUGUUUCAUAGCCUACGGGAUACAGGCCAGCACCGUGGAGGAGCCGGCGGACGAUAACCUCUUCUUGGGCAUCGUCUUGGCGGCCGUUGUUAUUGUUACAGGUAUAUUUUCAUAUUAUCAAGAAAGCAAAAGUUCCAAAAUUAUGGAGUCGUUCAAGAACAUGGUGCCCCAAUUCGCCACUGUGCUCAGAGAGGGCGAGAAAUUAACCCUCCGCGCCGAAGACUUGGUGCUAGGAGACGUGGUAGAGGUUAAGUUCGGAGACAGAAUACCAGCCGAUAUACGUAUCAUCGAAUCGAGAGGUUUUAAAGUAGACAACUCCUCCCUUACCGGCGAGUCUGAACCCCAGAGUAGAAGCCCCGAAUUUACACAUGAAAAUCCACUCGAAACGAAGAACCUGGCUUUCUUCUCUACAAACGCCGUAGAAGGAACCGCUAAAGGCGUUGUUAUCAGUUGCGGAGAUAACACUGUGAUGGGUAGAAUCGCUGGUUUAGCCUCAGGGUUGGACACCGGAGAAACACCCAUUGCCAAGGAAAUCCACCACUUCAUCCAUUUGAUCACUGGCGUCGCUGUUUUCUUAGGUGUUACGUUUUUCAUUAUCGCUUUCAUCCUCGGUUAUCACUGGCUGGACGCUGUCAUUUUCCUGAUUGGUAUCAUCGUAGCCAACGUGCCCGAAGGUCUAUUAGCCACAGUAACUGUCUGUCUUACCCUAACUGCCAAAAGGAUGGCGUCCAAAAACUGUCUCGUCAAGAACUUGGAAGCUGUAGAAACUCUUGGUUCGACCAGCACGAUUUGCUCAGACAAAACCGGUACUUUAACACAGAACAGAAUGACAGUAGCACAUAUGUGGUUUGAUAACCAGAUUAUCGAAGCAGACACCACAGAAGAUCAGUCUGGAGUACAAUACGAUAGAACCAGUCCAGGGUUCAAAGCCUUGUCCCGAAUCGCCACUCUUUGUAACCGUGCUGAAUUCAAACCUGGCCAAGAAAGUGUGCCAAUCCUAAAAAGAGAGGUUAACGGAGAUGCUUCUGAAGCGGCUUUGUUGAAAUGUAUGGAGCUCGCUUUAGGUGACGUGAUGUCCAUCAGAAAGAAGAACAAGAAGAUUUGUGAGGUUCCCUUUAACUCUACUAAUAAAUAUCAAGUUUCUAUUCACGAAAACGAGGAUCCUAACGACCCCAGGCACAUUCUGGUGAUGAAGGGAGCUCCGGAACGUAUUUUGGAACGGUGCAGUACCAUUUUCAUCUGCGGAAAAGAGAAGGUGUUGGACGAAGAGAUGAAGGAAGCGUUCAACAACGCGUAUUUGGAAUUGGGAGGCUUAGGAGAGCGAGUGCUCGGUUUUUGCGACAUGAUGUUGCCCAGCGACAAAUAUCCCAUCGGUUACAAAUUUAACUCGGACGAUCCCAAUUUCCCACUGGACGGACUGCGAUUCGUUGGACUUAUGUCCAUGAUAGAUCCUCCCAGAGCUGCCGUACCUGACGCCGUAGCUAAAUGCAGAAGUGCCGGUAUCAAAGUUAUCAUGGUAACUGGAGAUCAUCCAAUCACGGCCAAGGCUAUCGCGAAAUCUGUCGGUAUCAUUUCUGAAGGCAACGAGACGGUCGAAGAUAUCGCUCAGAGACUCAACAUUCCAGUUUCGGAAGUCAAUCCUAGAGAGGCUAAAGCCGCUGUUGUUCAUGGUUCGGAUCUGAGAGACUUGGCUCAAGACCAGUUGGACGAGAUUUUGCGGUACCACACUGAAAUUGUGUUCGCCAGGACGUCUCCUCAACAGAAACUGAUUAUUGUGGAAGGUUGCCAACGGAUGGGAGCUAUCGUAGCUGUAACAGGUGACGGUGUAAACGAUUCCCCAGCCUUGAAGAAAGCCGACAUCGGUGUUGCUAUGGGUAUCGCCGGUUCCGACGUGUCCAAACAAGCGGCCGACAUGAUCCUGCUCGACGACAACUUCGCCUCCAUCGUCACCGGAGUAGAGGAGGGCCGUCUCAUCUUCGACAACCUGAAGAAAUCCAUCGCCUACACCCUCACCUCCAACAUUCCCGAAAUCUCGCCUUUCCUCGCCUUCAUCCUGUGCGACAUUCCCCUUCCUCUAGGAACGGUCACUAUUCUUUGCAUUGACUUGGGAACUGACAUGGUACCGGCCAUUUCUCUGGCUUACGAAGAAGCUGAAUCUGAUAUAAUGAAGCGGCCGCCCAGAAACCCGCAAACCGACAAAUUAGUUAACGCUAGAUUGAUUUCGAUGGCUUACGGACAGAUUGGUAUGAUCCAAGCUGCUGCUGGGUUCUUCGUCUACUUCGUCAUCAUGGCCGAGAACGGGUUCCUGCCUAUGAAGUUGUUUGGAAUACGUAAACACUGGGACUCGAAGGCUAUCAACGAUCUGUCUGAUUCGUAUGGGCAAGAAUGGACCUACAAAGAUAGAAAGACUUUGGAGUACACUUGCCACACCGCCUUCUUCGUAUCCAUCGUGGUAGUACAGUGGGCCGAUUUGAUCAUCUGUAAGACCAGAAGGAAUUCCAUCGUACACCAAGGAAUGAGAAACUGGGCGCUGAACUUUGGUAUCGUGUUCGAAACUGCCUUGGCCUGCUUCCUGUCUUACACGCCAGGAAUGGACAAAGGUCUACGGAUGUUCCCUCUAAAAUUCGUAUGGUGGUUACCAGCCAUACCCUUCAUGCUCUCCAUCUUCAUCUACGACGAGGUGAGGCGAUUCUAUCUGCGGCGCAACCCCGGAGGCUGGCUCGAGCAAGAGACCUACUAUUAAGGCCGCCACCCCCCACUACUGCCACCCGGGCCGCCCCCAAGCGCCGGCUAUCCGCCGCGCCGUUUCGAUGAGAACGACCUCGUGUCGUCACCCUAUGAGGUACACUAUCAAAAAGCGAGACGGGGGGCAGCCUCUCUCUUUUUUGACAUUGUCCCAUUCCGAAUGGUGUCAUUCUCUAUCGAUUGUUGUACAAAUCAUGUUGCUAUUUCUAGAUUAUUCACUGCUUUUACGCAGUAAUAUAUUAUUAAUAAAUAAAUUUAAUAAAUUAGGUGAGAGCCUGUAGGGGGCGGCUCAGCCGACUAGACCCUUACGCGCUCCACCGAACCCCCAUUUACUCUAAAAACGUUAAGGAUAAUAAGAGAAUAGAAGGAAUCGAAGAAAGAUGGUUUGGAAUAAAAGAAAUAAUAAGUUAUUAUUAAGUAUAAAUCGCGACAGUAUGACGUACUAUUAGUACUAGGACCGUACGGAAGACACUAAACAUCACAGCAAUCUCGGAUGAAUUGAUUUUUCACAAACAUACAAUUUUGUGCCAAUUUUGAAAUAAGCUAACCAGAAAUUAUAAUAUCAAUAAUUUCAAUUUAACCCACAAAAUUUAGAAGUUAACAGUUUAUCUAACAGAAAAAAAAAAUUAUAGUAAAUAAAUAAGAAUUGAUAAACUAUUAAUUCCAGUAUUUUUGAAAAACGACUACAAUAUGCAUAUCUAAAUCAUUAAUUUUCAAUAUAAUUAAAACAUUUUAUUAGUUACUUUUUGAAGGCAAUUGCAAACCACCUUGAGUAUAUUUGCCUUGUAGAGUCUCUCAUAGUGCCGUUCGGAUUCGGCGAUAAACUGUAGGUCCCGUGUACUUGUUAAACACUGAUGACACACAUCACAAGUACAUGCAAGAGGUGGCCGACGCAUUGUAACAUAUAUAAACAUUCCACCGUCGUUUGCCAAUAUAUCAGUGUACCGCGUACGGCCUGUCUAUCCAAGCGAGGCCGUUCAUCUAUGACACCGUGAUCCUGGUUGGUGGAAGAGACUGCGUGGCGUAUUACUUAAUCAGUUUAAAACAGGCGUGUAAAAUAAUACUUCAAUUUAUUUUAUAUUACUUCCCUAUUAUAUUAGACGCCCAACGUGGGGUCAAAUAUUUUUAAUGUCGAAAUUCGCAUGUCGAAUAAAAACGGCAUCCGGUUGGCUUGGAAAUGAACAUCGAUGACAUUCUCCUUAUAAUUUUACAUAUAAAAUGACAGCGAUCUUCAUUUGAUCGCUGACGCCGUUUUUUUUGGUCAUUUUGUAUAUGCGCCCCACGUUGGGCGCCAUAAUUGGGAAUGGAAAUAAAUAGAAUAUAAGUAUUAUUUCACACAUCUGUCUAUUAAAAUAAUAAAAUUAAACGGAUUAUACGUGUAAUAGAAAGUUUUAGAAUGUUGACUGACACCCAAUAUUCUUUCACGAGCCAGGGUCACGACGUCACAGAUGAACGGCCUGCGUUUGGAAAUAUUAUAACAGACAAAUAUACUGGCAAGCGAUCGUGGAGUGUUUUCUAUGUUCCAGGGUGUGAUUGAAACCUCCAGUGUAGGGACAGCAGCUUGGAAACUGAAAUAAAAGACGCAUUGCCUAUAUAUGUAGAGCUCUUACCUACAGAAGGAAGUAAAAGAUACAUCCCUUUAAUGGCAUUUACAACUAAUCUACGUCCAAUUUUAUCGAAAUUACAACCCUACCAGCGGAAUCAACUUCGAAAUGUUUCGACUUCUGUGAUUUUUAGUGUCUUGCCUUUACCAUACGGUCAGUUUUGGAUCAAGCGAGGCUGUCCGCAGUGGCGUUCGUUCUCAGAAAUGCAUUCCACACGAAAACUAAAACAGUUGCCUUGACGCUGUCGGACGCCUGCGGUGGGCGCGCGCGCGGACGCCUGUUGCCCGUUACGCCGCGCCCGCCCCCACCCGGACGAUUUUAGUAUUAUUUAGGCUUUCAAACACUUAGGUUUAGCUGAUAUGAUGUAACUGUGUCGUUAAAUUGUAUUAAGUGUCAACCAGGUCGUGCUCAAUACACAUGACUACUAAAAAAUUAUUAUCACGUUCGUGAGAGGCAGAUUUCGUUCGCAAAAUUACCAUUUAUAAAUAAAUAUAUGUAUAGUCUAAAAGGUGGUUACGUAAAAAAUUCUGUGUAUGUUGAAAUUCUAAGGAUAGUUUUACUGAAAGAAGGUAAUUUAGGUUAUAUUAAUGUAAUAACAGAGGGUUAAGAAGGA